AUGGCAGCGAUUCGGAGCCGUUUGCUCGGAGUUCUGCCGGCCGGGCUGCGGUCCCCUCUCGGGCCUCGUCUUCUGUGCAGUGCGCCUCCUCUCUGGUGGAGGAAGGGCCGGCCGAGGACAACGCACCGAAGCUUUGCGGAGGUGGAGCUUCUGUCUCGUUUGGCGGAGCUGCUGAUGCCUGGGGAGCCCAUCGGUGAAAGCUUCCGGGACUUCCCGGUGGAGCCCUCCGAUUCGUGGGGGUCGCGAUGGCUCUGCCCAGACAUAACUGCAUAUGGGGUGUUGAAGCCGAAGGAUGCAGCUUUGUUCGUCGAGUACGACGGCUGUCAUUGGCACCGCGAUGCGCCGGGGAAGCAGCGUGAUGAGCGCAAGACAGAAGCGCUGCUUGCGUAUGCGCCGCAAGGUUCGGUCGUCCUACGGAUAGGCCACGUGACUCAGAGUUUAAGACGAAAGCAAGCUUCGAAAGCUAUGGAAGCGAUGGUCGACGUAUGGCGGGCAGGGCAUUCGCCAUCGCUCGCGACUUCUUUGCAUCAAGCCACAGGGUCCCUCCUCAUUAGCCUCGAUGGUUCUCUUGAGCAUGACGUGCGCGAACGUCUCAACUCUCAGUGUGCCGAACCACAGCCAGGUUUUGACAAGGCACGGACGUUUGUACGUCAGGCAGUGCUCACUAGAGAUGUCGAGACCAAGAAGGCCAGUAUGAUUGCCUUCUUGGAGGAGAAGAUGAAAGUCUCCCAAAACGGAAUCCAGGCUUUGGCAAGCAAGUAUCCACGAAUCUGGGGCAUCAGCAUCGAGGGCAAGCUGAAACCUUUCGCUGGGUGGCUUCAAGAUGUUGGCCUGGGCCGAGAGCAGGUGGCCAAAGUCGUUGCUGGCUUUCCUCGAGUGUUGGGUCUCAGCAUCGAGGCCAAUCUGAAACCCACCGUGGCCUGGCUUGAGGGUGUUGGCCUGAGCCGAGAACAGGUGGCCAAAGUUGUGGCUGGCUUUCCUCAGGUGUUAGGUCUCAGCAUCGAGGCCAAUCUGAAGCCUACGGUGGCCUGGCUCGAGGAUGUUGGGCUGAGCCGAGAACAGGUGGCCAAAGUCGUUGCUCGCCAUCCUCAAGUGUUGGGCUACAGUAUCGACGCUAAUCUGAAACCCACCGUGGCCCGGCUUGAGGAUGUUGGGCUAAGCCGGAAACAGGUGGUCAAAGUCGUUGCUCGCCAUCCUCAAGUGUUGGGCUACAGCAUCGACGAUAAUCUGAAACCCACAGUGGCCUGGCUGGAGGAUGUUGGGCUGAGCCGACAGCAGGUGGCCAAAGUCGUUGCUCGCCAUCCUCAAGUGUUGGGUCUCAGCAUCGAUCGCAAUCUGAAGCCCACAGUGGCGUGGCUCGAGGGUGUUGGGCUGAGCCGACAACAGGUGGCCAAAGUCGUUGCUGGCUGUCCUCAGGUGUUGGGCUACAGCAUCGCCGGCAAUCUGAUACCCACAGUGGCCUGGCUCGAGGAUGUUGGGCUGAGCCGAGAGCAGGUGGCCAAAGUCGUUGCUCGCUUUCCUUCAGUGUUGGGUCUCAGCAUCGAGGCCAAUCUGAAGCCUACGGUGGCCUGGCUCGAGGAUGUUGGGCUGAGCCGAGAGCAGGUGUCCAAAGUCGUCUGUCUGAAGCCCCACGUGUUGGGUCUCAGCAUCGACUGCAAUCUGAAACCCACAGUAGCCUGGCUUGAAGAUGUUGGGCUAAGCCGGAAACAGGUGGCCAAAGUCGUUGCUCGGCAGCCUCAAGUGUUGGGCUACAGUAUCGACGAUAAUCUGAAACCCACCGUGGCCUGGCUUGAGGACAUUGGGCUGAGCCGAGAACAAGUGGCCAAAGUCGUUGCCACUUCUCCUGCAGUCUUUGGCUACAGCAUCCGGGCCAAUGUAUCAGUUAAGCAUCAACUCUUGCAGGGCUUCUAUUGCGACAGCGAUAUUUGCCACAUGCUUGUGUACCUUCCUGCUGUGCUGGGCUACAGCAUCAAGCGCUUGCAACAUCGCUUGCGCGUGCUGCACAAGAACAGUCAGAUGGAAAAGCUGGCUGCCACCAUGACUCUGACCGACAAAGGUUUUGCACGGCGAUUCGGUGCUUGA